AUGCCCACGUUGACCCCGCCUGUGCCAGUGCCACACCCCUCCUACUCACAGGCGCGGGAGAGACUGGUGCGGGCCAUCCCCCCCAGGCUGCUGUGUCUGCUGGCCUGUGGGGGGGUCGACUGCAGAUAUGAGGGGCCCGAGUGCUGGAAGAGCAACCAGCAGGCCAUCAGAGGGCUCUUCUCCUCAUGGGUGACCGAUGACAUCAUAGCAAUGGCACGGCCGUCCAAUAGUCUGAUAGAGAGAUAUAACAUCAUUGAGCAGUUUAAGAGACUGAAUAUCCAGUCCAUCAUCAACAUGCAGCAGCCAGGAGAGCACUGCCACUGUGGCCCCCCUCUGGACCCCAGCAGUGGCUUCACCUACUCCCCUCAGACCUUCAUGGACAAUAACAUUUAUUUUUACAACUUUUGGAUGCCAGACUUUGGGGUGUCCUCUCUGGUCAAUAUCAUCGAUGGAGUGAAGGUUUUGGCUUUCGCAGUGAGAGAGGGAAGAGUGGCUGUGCAUUGCCACGCCGGAUUGGGCAGGACAGGAGUGCUGAUCGCCUGUUACCUCAUCUACACCCUGCGCAUCAGCCCCAGUGAGGCAGUGCAUUUUGUGCGGGUCAAACGCCCUCGCUCUAUCCAGACACGGGCGCAGAUUGGGCAGGUAUUUGACUUCGCCCGUCUCCUGGGCACUCAGCUGGUGCAGUACCCAGACCUGAGCCUCCGACAGGGAGCGCCCUUCACCCUCCAGCACUACCUCAACAGACAAGCCCUGCUACUGCAUGGACAGGAGGCACGGACACUCUGUUACACUCCGAAGGUGGUGUACCUGCUCUGCCUGCGCCUGUCCUGUCUGGCCCUGGGCCUCCCUGCCCCCCUGGAAGUCCACUUUGAGUUAGAGAAGCGCUCCUCCAUCCGGGCCCUGGGCAGGGCAGUGCGGGACACCCUGGUCUCCCGACAGUUCCUGCCCCUGGUGCAUGCAGGGCAGCUGGGGGGCACAGAGGGGAGGGCCGGGCCUGUCUGCUCCUGGGACGAGCCUGUGGGGUUUCGCCAAAGGAAGAGAGAGCUCCUACAGGACAAACGCAGCUACAGUGACUCUGACCUCAGCAGGAUAACACUCACUCAGGACACAGAACUGGGCCCUUACUGCUCUGCUGCAGUGGGACAUGAGACCAGCUGGUGUAUACAGGACCUUAACCCUGCUCAGAACCAGAGCCCGACCAGAACCAUCCACAGGCUAGCCCCAAGAAAUUGUCCCAAACACCCCACCUGCUCAGCCAAGAACAUGCUUACCAAGUUCACCUCCACCUCUGAGAUAUGCAGGACUCCUCAGCACACAGUCCCCAGUCCAGUGAGCCGAGCUGUGGCUAAGGCCCUGGCUGACCCUGGGCCUGCUGGAGAGAGCGUUCUGCAGAGGUCCUCCCUGCUCCAGGAGGAGCUGAACAGCAGUGAGUGUGGAUGGGCUCUGCUGGUCACUGAGUGUGACCCUCACGUCCUCAGCUGUCUCCUGUGGACCUGGCUCGAAAAGCUCAAGGACCCUGUCUUAAGUGCAGAUGACAUCACCAAACUAUGCAGCACCUCCAACAACAAGAAUCCCAUCUCAGAGCUCAAGAAGGCUCAGAGACACACAGUCCAGUGUCUGUUGCGCUGUGUGGGGACAGUGUCCUCUCUGUGUCCUCACAAAGAGGACGCCCUGCUGCAGCGGCUGCUGCGGGCUCUCACCAGGACUCCUCUGUGUGAAGUGAAGGGAGCAGACACUCUGAUGGCAGUGUUCAGGUCAGCCCUCAGAGACACCUUCUGUAACCACAGGGACAUCUGCAGAGCCUGAGCAGUCAAAGACACACACCUUUC